AUGUCUCCUCGGGUAACAGUGCAACUCGUCCCGGGAUGUUCUGAUGGCGACCCAUUGCACGUCCCUCCACCAGGUAUACACACCCAAGUAGACCCGCCUACUCUAUACCUAGAGAAGAUCGGCCAGGCGUGGAUGGAGCAUCGAGGCGAGGCCCGCCCGGGAGUCAGUUACAUCCUCGAAGCUUUGCCAGCAGGUUAUACCAUGUGGGAGCGCCCGAGACCAUCAAACGCAAAGCAUGUCGACAAAUAUCUAUAUGGCCAUCCUAGGAAGAAGGCUUUCGACUCACCCAACCGCUACUUCCCUCACUUCGAGCAUCUGAUGAGCAACAAUGGCAACAGCAUAGGCUGUCCAUGCACUCUAUGCAGUGGCACUGCAGGCGUACUUCCGAAAACAUCAGCCAACAGCUCCCAGGUGCGAAGCUCAAGCGCGGCGUCUUCGCGAAAGGCAUCCAACUCGUCUGCUUCUCUGCCAAGCCGGCCUUCCAGUGCCCACAGCGUUCAAUCGCUUCCACUUGCACCACCGCCUAGUUUGGCACCACAGCACAAAGGUCGGCCAAAGAAGAUAACUCCGGGUCUAGACACGACCAAUGUCGACAGCGAAGGCACCCCCGACGUAUACAGGAACCUGAUCGACAAGCUUCGGCGACACCAGUCUGUGGAUGAAGCUAUACUGGAGCCGUUGAGCCCAGACUGGCGAGCGGAGCAGGACCAUCUCCCCAAAUUCCUCGGCGAUAUAAAGGCACAAGACCAAUGGGUUCCCCGAAUUGGAGACAUUGUUUUGUACAUACGCAACAUGCCCGACAACGUUGAAUUGGUGCGAGACAACGCCACCGGCGAGCUUCAAUUGUACGAUGAGCGGCGCAAGCAGCAUCUCGGCGUUCCACAAUGGGCGGCAGGCCUGGUCACUGAGCCCGCUACUGGUACCACGGUUGCCGAGCUCGUCGCCGCUACCCAGGAGCGCAACGUGUCUAGCAUAGGCGUACGCGUCGAACCGGUCCCAAAUCCAAACGAGUCGGACAAGUCGCUCUCUAAGAGACACAAAUACGUCUUGUUGCGACAAACGAGUCCGUUUAUGAUGUGGAGAGACCUCUUGCGUCGCAUUCCCCAAGAAGAGUGGCAUGAUACUGUCAAGAACGCCCUCGCCCUUAUGUCGACGCUCUCGCUCAUGGGCAAAUAUCGCUUCCGAGGGUCGUGGCCGAACGCGAGCAUAUAUUGUCAUGGCAUCUACGUUGGCGCUGAGAUGCUUGCCGUGGGCGACACAGUGCGACUCCUUCCCAACAAGCAAUCCGGUCAGUCUGGCUGCACGGAUGUCAUGAGCAUUAAGUCCAUCCGACUGAAGUGGACCAACUUGGACAAGGCAUCGGACAACGACUACAAUGAAGGGCGACCAUACAACUCUGAGAUAUGGAUCUACGGGUCAGCUUAUACAAGCGACGUGUCACGUUCGAACAAGACCUGGGUUACUGAACAUAACGUCGAGGCCCCACGAGUCGCAAAUGACUAUGCCGAUUGGUACCCAUUGCAUCCUGCUGAUAAAGAACUGGCAAUACCUUACUCACGCGUCCUCGGUCGCCUGCAUGAGCGCGAUGCCAUGGCCUACUUCCUCAAGUCCGAUGAUCACAACGCUCCAGGACUUGAUGUCGGCCGACAAGCUGUGGUGGAGGCGCGCGCCUUUGCUCGGAAACACGACAAUCGCAUAGCAGCGGAGUCUGAUGCCACAUGGUACUGGGGAGACGAUCGUGCUGACGCUCUAAACCUCCGCACUAUCAACGGCCUCGAUGUCUCCAGAUACGACCUUGACCGCGACGUCAAAGAUCUCCGCCGCAAGUACCGUCAACUAGAUGGUAUCGCCAAAGGAGACGCGAAGUCUACAGGUCAAGAUUUACUGGGCAGCAACGGACUCCGCAGCUUCAUGGCUCCCACCUUGCCACUUCGUACGAGCGGCGCGAAGGCACCGAGCGAAAGUGGAAGCUCAUCCAUCGCAAGUGCCAGCCAAGCCUCACGAAAGCGCACGCACAUCGUCGACCUAGACGAGGACGAUACUGAAGAGGACGACCUUGACGAAGAGAUACGAGAGCGCACUAAGGUUGUCCAAGAUGACCGCCAAGGUCCGAUGAAGAAAAAGGCGAAGGUGAUGGUUGUUAUCGAUUGA